UCUUAAUCAAUCACCAAAGGCAAAGACCCCCUUCCUUAUAUAUCUCUCUCUCUAUAUAUAUACAUACACUCUCUACUUACCUUCCACCAAUACCACAAGCACAAAUACUGGGAACCUAUUCUCUCUCUCUAAGUUGAUCAUUUUUUUUUCUGCAAAAAUGGUGUCGGCUUUGGACACAAAGGACGCAAGCUGGUGGGUGUUUACACUGGGAACACUCCCAUCUUUUUUGGACUCCAAAAACCUUCUGGAUGGUUAUGUCUUGUUUGCUAUCUUUAUGGCGUUUAUGUCCCUUGCGCUUCUCACAUGGGCCUUUGCGGUAGGGGGUAUUGCAUGGAAAAACGGCAGGAACCAAAGAGGUACCGUUUCCAUCCCCGGACCUCGGGGUCUUCCAAUCUUCGGGAGCCUAUUCACGCUGAGCCGUGGUUUGGCUCACCGCUCCUUGGCGGCCAUGGCUUGGAGUCGAGCUAACGUCCCGCUCAUGGCUUUUAGCCUUGGCUCCACCCCUGUGGUCGUAGCUUCAGACCCCUGCACUGCCAGGGAAAUCUUGACCUCCCCACACUUCGCUGACCGCCCCCUCAAGCAGUCGGCUAAGAGCCUCAUGUUCAGCCGAGCCAUCGGCUUCGCACCCAACGGAACCUACUGGCGGCUUUUGAGAAGGAUAGCUUCUUCCCACCUCUUCGCACCCCGGCGCGUUAUAGCCCACGAAGCUAGCCGCCAGGUAGAAUGCGCCGCCAUGCUGCUCAACAUAGCAACCGAACAACAACUUAACGGCACGGUGUCUCUGAGAAAGCACCUCCAGGCUGCCUCCUUGAACAACAUCAUGGGGAGCGUUUUCGGCAAAAGGUACGACCCAGCGCGCGAUAGCAAGGAGCUGGGCGAGCUCGAAGAGAUGGUGAAAGAAGGGUUUGAGCUCUUGGGUGCCUUCAACUGGUCUGAUUAUCUUCCAUGGUUGACUUAUUUCUAUGACCCAUUUCGUAUUAAUGAACGUUGCUCCAAACUCGUCCCCCGAGUCAGAAAACUCGUCCGGGGCAUCAUAGAGGAACACCGAGUCAGUGAGUCCAAAAACCUCUCUGAUCAUGCUGAUUUCGUCGAUGUUUUGCUUUCUUUGGAUGGCGAAGAGAAGCUUCAAGAGGAUGACAUGGUUGCUGUCUUAUGGGAAAUGAUAUUCAGAGGCACUGAUACCACCGCUUUGUUGACCGAGUGGGUGAUGGCCGAGUUGGUCUUGCACCCCGAGGCCCAAGAAAAGCUUCAGAGGGAGAUCGACAGCGUGGUGGGAAAUAGAACAGUGACGGACGCCGACUUGGCAACACUACCCUACCUGCAGUCUGUGGUCAAAGAGACUCUCCGGGUCCAUCCGCCUGGCCCACUCCUCUCCUGGGCCCGCUUGUCCACAUCGGACGUCCAGCUCAGCAACGGAAUGUUGAUCCCAGCCAACACAACCGCUAUGGUGAACAUGUGGGCCAUCACGCACGACCCGCACGUGUGGAAGGACCCGCUGGAGUUCAGGCCGGAGAGGUUUCUGGUGAGCGAGGGAGGCGCAGAUGUGGACGUGAGGGGUGGUGAUCUGAGGCUCGCACCGUUCGGGGCCGGGCGUAGGGUUUGCCCCGGCAAGAACCUAGGGCUGGUGACUGUGACUCUCUGGGUGGCGAAGUUGGUGCACCAUUUCACUUGGGUUCGAGACGCGGGUCACCCGGUUAGUCUGGACGAGGUUCUGAAGCUGUCGUGUGAGAUGAAGCAUCCUCUGCAUGCUAUAGCCGUGCAAAGGAGCAGUGGUUUUUAGGGUUUGAACUUUGAAGGGAUCGGAGCGGAGAAGCUAGGUGUAUAUUUACUACAAUACUGGCUUUUGAUUACUAGUAUCUGUUUGGUUUUUUUUUAGGAUAAUGGGAUUAAGGAAGGAUUCGAAGUAAUGGGGGUAACCCUCGAUCGAGGGGUUCCAGUUUUGGUAAAAGGUUUGUUCAGGAGUCCUGAAUUUUGUGUGAUCGAAUCCUGCGCGCUGUAACAUUUUGCAACUACUCGUAAUGGACUAUUAUUAUGCAAUGGUUAAGUCUCUAAAUUAAA